AUGGUUAAGGUACUCUCUAUAUGUGCAGGUGUUUUUAAUCCUGGUAAGAAGCAGUCGAUAGCAGUAUCAGGUCAUCUGGAAUGUAAUGGGAAACCGGCAUCCGAUGUGAAGGUCAAACUCUACGACAAGGAAAUAUUACUCGACUACAAAUUGGAUGAAGGUAGAACCGAUUCGAAUGGUAAUUUCUACUUACGAGGUAGCAAAAAGGAAAUAACGAAUAUUGAUCCAAAAAUCAAUAUUUACCACAAAUGUGAUUAUGAUGGACAACGCGCCACAGCAGCGGCGCCGGUUCAGUCUUCAUCAGCUUACGAGCAUCGACAGGCAACAAUGGCACCGAAUGGGAAAAUGCGUGAGAUUGUCUCACUACAUGUGGGACAAGCCGGUGUGCAAAUCGGAAACGCUUGUUGGGAGUUAUACUGUUUAGAGCACGGUAUUCAACCUGAUGGUAUCAUGCCGACCGAUCAAACAGUGGGUGUCGAGGAUUCAUCCUACAACACAUUCUUCUCCGAGACACAAAGUGAUCUCCCGGGCAUAAUACAGCGAGAAGACCUACGGAAACCAGGCUACAAAUUAAAGUUAUUAUUAGACCAGUCUGAGCGUCCGGCUAAAGCCGGACAUCAGACUUUCUGUGGUGUUUGCUUCGCUCGCCUUCACUGA